AUGACCACUCUGCCCCCAAUACUCAUGACACGUCCAAAGCUUAUACACUUAGCCAGACAGAAGCUACCAUGCUCCUCAAGACUAAUUCCAAGUGCUCAAUUGAUCAAAGAAAAAGAAGACAUAGAUCAUUAUGUGGAGGUGAAUUUCAAAGGAUUGUCAAAAGAGGAGGUUGCUGCCUACAGGAACUCGUACAAGAAGAACAUCUGCGUGGACAUGCUGCGGGAGGGUUAUCACGAGUCCUUCAAUGAGCUCUUUGCUCUGAUGGAGCAGUGGGAGACCCUGAGGGUGGCUGCGCGACGCAGGUCCAUCUUCUGGACGCAGAAGCCCCUGGAGGAUCAGCUAGAUAAACUAGAUUACUUAUACCACCACCUGACCAGGGCCGAGGCCGCCGAGAGGAAAGGACACUUUGAAGAAGUGUAUAAUAACUUGUACGCUCUGGCCUGUUUCUUCGAUAACGCUGAAGACAAGUGGGUAAGGAACCACUUCUAUGAACGAUGUUUUCGGAUCGCACAAUUGAUCAAAAUCGACGGUGGGAGGAAAGAGGCCGAGGCGCAUGCGCACAUGGGCCUUCUCUACGAGGAAGACGGUCAGCUUCUGGAAGCCGCUGAGCAUUAUGAGGCAUUCCAUCAAUUGACGCAGGGGCGGAUAUGGAAGGAUGAGACAGAGCGCUUUCUCAACAUGUGGGCCUGCGAAAGUCUCCUGAGGACCUACAGAUUACUCUCAGACAAAAUGCUGGAGAAUAAAGAAUACAAACAGGCCAUCAAAAUUCUAAUAAAAGCUUCUGAAAUAGCCAAAGAAGCAAAUAACAAAAAGAUGGAAGGAGAAGCUUUGUAUUACUUGGGCUUAGCACACCUGGCUGCCAAGGAACAGAAUACUGCAAUGACAGUCCUCAAAGCAUACAGCAAAAUCUCUACAGACCUACAUGAUGAUCUCAGCCUGGGCAGAGCCUACAAAGCAAUCGCCAAGGUCCUACAGAGCCAAGGACAGAUGACAGAAGCAAUUCAAUACUUGAAAAAGGUUGUGAACAUUACAAAGAACAAUUUUCAAAACAUAGAUGUUGUGAAAGCGAGUACAAUGCUUGGGGACAUCUAUAACGAAAAAGGACGCUACAACAAAGCUUCUGAGUACUUUCAGCAAGCUUUUGACACAACGGUAGAACUCAUGAACUUGUCUCUGCUAGACGAAACCAAAGUUCACUAUGGAAUUGCAAAAGCCCAUCAGAUGAUGCUGACAAUGAACAAUUAUAUAGAAUCUGCAGAUCUCAUCAGCCUCAACCACCUGCUGACCUGGAAGGAGCGAAGAAGUGAUGGUGAUCUUGAACAGGUUGUUGGUUGGAUUCCGCACAGUUCAGUGUCACGAGUUACCAGUGCAAAGUUUAGUAUGCAUGCAGCUGAUUGGUGGAGCCUGGCUCACAUGACCCCACAACUACAAGGAAAGGUGGAAAAUGAGGACCUUUUUCAGCACCUACAGUGA